AUGCAGUGCAAGUCUGCUUCCAAUCUCUUCGAUUUGGCGACUGCAGAUGUUUUCGAUCUCCCCUGCAACUCUAGAAAGCUUCCUCGUGUGAUGACCGUUCCUGGUAUCAUCACUGACUAUGAGAGCCGCGAGGAAUCUGGCCAAGGACAGAUCAUCCUUGUGUCCAAUUUUCUCCCUCUGAACUGCCAGAGGGACCCAGAUACAGGGAGAUGGUGCUUCACCAGGGACGACGACUCCCUCCUGCUCCAGAUGAGAGAUGGCAUCCCGACUGAGACCGGAGUCACCUACGUCGGCUGUCUGAAGGAGUACAUCCAUGCAGAUGAGCAGGAGGAAGUUGCCCGAGAUAUCUACCAGAAAUUCUCCUGUGUUCCCACAUUCUUGGAACCGAAAGUCCACAAAAGAUUUUACUUGGGGUUCUGCAAGCAGCUCCUGUGGCCGCUCUUCCACUACUUGCUCCCGGUCUCCCCAGACCUGCACAAGCGGUAUGACCGGGCCCUCUUCCAGGCUUACGUCGCUGCCAACGUGGAAUUCGCGAGGAAGAUCAUGUCUAUAAUGAGGUCGGACGACGACUACGUCUGGGUCAACGACUACCACCUGAUGCUGGUGCCCACGUUCCUGAGGAAGAUGAUGAACAGGGUGAAGCUGGGGUUCUUCCUCCACAGCCCUUUCCCUUCGUCGGAGAUCUACAGGACCCUGCCGGUCAGGAAUGAGAUCCUGAGAGGGCUUCUCAAUGCGGAUUUGAUCGGCUUCCACACGUUUGACUACGCACGCCACUUUCUCUCAUGCUGCAGCAGGUUGUUCGGCGUUGACUACGAGCUGAAACGGGGCUACAUCAGGCUGGACUACCACGGCCGCAAGGUGAUGGUCAAGAUUCUCCCCGUGGGAGUCCACAUGGGCAGGCUCCAGGCCGUGCUGAGGUCUCCGUCGACCGUCGCCAGGGUCAAACAGAUCGAGGAGCAGUUCAGAGGGAGGAGGCUGAUCCUUGGUGUUGACGACAUGGACAUCUUCAAGGGCAUCAGUCAGAAGCUUCUGGGGCUGGAGCUGCUCCUCAGUGACCGACCGGACCUCCGCGGGGAGGUGGUCCUCGUCCAGAUCGCCAACCCUCCGUGGGGAGCCGCCGGCGGCAAGGCGAGGGAGGAGAUUGCUUCGCUGGUGGAGAGGGUCAACGGCAGAUUCGGCGGCGAGGGGUACCUCCCCGUCGUCCUGCUCGAGGGAGGGUUGACUUUCUUCGAGAAGGCGGCCUACUUUGCGGUGGCAGAGUGCUGCAUAGUCAACGCAGUCAGGGACGGGAUGAACCUGGUCCCGUACGAGUACACCGUCUGCCGCCAGGGCGUCACCGAGAUCACCGGAGCUCCAGCGGCCGCGGCGCAGACGAGCACCCUGAUCGUGUCGGAGUUUGUGGGCUGCUCGCCGUCCCUCAGUGGCGCCAUCAGGGUCAACCCUUGGAACGUAGAAGAGGUCUCCGACGCCAUGGCGACUGCGCUGAGCCUCCCGUCGCCGGAGAAGGAGCUCCGCCACGAGAAGCACCACCGGUACGUGAGCUCCCACGAUGUCGCCUACUGGGCGCGGAGCUUCGCACAGGACCUGGACCGGGCCUGCAGGGAACACUACAAGCAGCGGUGCUGCAGCGUCGGCUUCGGGCUCAACUCCCGGGUGGUCGCCCUCCCCCUAACCUUCAAGAGACUCAGCCCCGACCAGGUCGUCGGAGCUUACCGGAGAACUCGCCGGAGGGCCAUCUUCCUCGACUACGACGGGACGAUGGUCCCGCACAGCUCCAUAACCAGAGCUCCAUCUCCGGAGCUCCUCGCCAUCCUGAACAGCCUCUGCGCCGACCCCGCGAACGUCGUCUUCGUCGUCAGCGGGAGAGCCCGGCAACCCCUCGGCGACUGGUUCUCCCCCUGCGACUCCCUGGGCAUCGCCGCCGAGCAUGGCUACUUCCUCAGGUACUAAACCAUCCUUCUUCUUCUUUUCCUUCUCCUUCUUCCUCUUCUUGCUUCCUCGUCCCCUUGCUUUCAUUCUGCAGGUGGAGCGAGUCGUCUGCGUGGGAGUCGGACGAGGUCUUUGCCGGCGGGUUCGAGUGGAAGGACAUUGCGGAGCCGGUGAUGAGGUCCUACGAGGAGGCCACAGACGGCUCCCACAUAGAGACCAAGGAGACGGCGCUGGUGUGGCACCACGAAGACGCCGACCCCGACUUCGGUGCCUGGCAGGCCAAGGAGCUCCUCAUCCACCUCGACAAGGUCCUCGCCAACGAGCCCGUCGCCGUUUCCCGCGGCCACCACAUCGUCGAAGUCAAACCCCAGGUUCCACUCUCUCUCUCUCCUUCAUUCUCUCUCUGAAUCUCUCUCUCGCGUUCACUCUCUCUCACUUGGGCGGCGCCGAGCAGGGAGUGCACAAGGGGCUAGUGGUGCAGAAGGUGCUGGCGGCGCUGGCGGGGAGGGGGAGUCCGCCGGAGUUCGUGAUGUGUGUGGGCGACGACCGCUCCGACGAGGACAUGUUCGACAGCAUGGAGGCGGCGAUCUCCGGCGGGUCGCUCGCCGGAGAAGUGAAGACCUUCGGGUGCACCGUCGGCCAGAAGCCCAGCAAGGCCAAAUACUACCUCGAAGAGACCAGCGGCGUCGUCAGCCUGCUCAGGGGCCUCGCCGCCGCAACGGUUCCCAAGUCCGAGCCCCUCGCCACCGCCGGAGAAGUUUCCUUCGAGAGAGCUCCAAGACCGUGCUACGGCUGA